AGGAGGAUAAAAAAAAGAAAAGGAAAAGCGGCCUCGUAAAAAAAGGGCGAGCGACAUUUUAUGACAACGAAUUGGGAGCAAAAAGCAUAAGGACACACCAGGACACACACACAUCCCGUUUCGAGACACCGCCGAGGAGGGGGAUGCAAGGAGCCGGGCCAAGUGUUUGAUUUGAUUGUCCCCCCAAAAAACACCUCGAAAUCAAGAUCCUGACUGACUGACAGAUUGACGGAUUGAGAUUGAAGAGGAGCAGCAGGAGCAGCAGGAGCAGCAGUCAGGACAAUGAACAAAAAGUCACCUCUGCCGCUGGCCGCCUUCUUGGGCAGCGAUGGCAACGGUGGCAACAAUACCGCCGCCAGUGGCAGCAGCAAUGUGGCAGCCACAGCAGCUGCAGCGGCCUCCGGCGGUGGGCGUGGCGGUCGACAAGGAGCAGGUGGAGUGGGUGGUGCCACCUCCAAGUCCGAGAAGCAGGCGGCACGAGAGGCGGGAGGAGGUGGAGCGCUGUGCGGAUGUCAACGAGCACCCAAAUCGCAUUGUAUAUCGGCCACAGGUGUACUCCUGCUAGUCCUGCUUUAUACCGCCAUGGGGUCCAUUGUCUUUGUGACCCUCGAAGGUGAAUUGGAGGAUGGUGGCACAUUGGAGACAGCGGUGGCAGCCUCAAAGCCCUUUCCACGCACAGAGCUGGCAAAUGCCGAAAUACGUUCCAGAACUGUGGAUCGUUUGUGGUCCAUCACAGAGGAUCUUAACAUAUUAUACAAGGAGAAUUGGACACGUCUCGCUGCCCAGGAGGUGCAACUCUUUCAGGACACCUUGCUGCGGGCAGUGCGGCAAUCGAAGGUAUAUCCCGCUGGUGGCAUCCAAAUGAAUGCGCCCACACACAAAUGGACCUACGCCUCGGCUUUUCUCUACUCGCUGACAUUAAUUACGACGAUAGGCUAUGGCGGCAUCUCACCUCGCACCCAAUGGGGUCGUGUGGCUGCCCUGGUCUACGCCCUCUUUGGCAUACCCAUUGUCCUGCUCUAUCUCUCCGCCAUGGGAGAGGCUCUUUCGGCUGGGAUGCGUUGCCUGUUCCGUCGCCAGCGUAUCAAAGGUGGUCCCGGCGGCGGACCAAGUGCACCCGGUGGCCUAGGCUCUGGAGCUAGCACCAGUUCCACUGGCAUUGGCGGUGGCGUUGGUGGCGGCGGACGAAAAUCGGACAAGGGCAAAGGUCAGAGUCAGAAUCAAGGACACUAUGGCCAUCAGAAGUUGCAUCAAUAUGGUUUACCGCCCUCCGUGUAUCAGCAGCAACAGCAGCAGGCACAACAGCAGGCACAGCAACAGCAGGAACAGCAUCGACAGCAGGGCAAGAAAUCAUCCGGAGGACGUAAUGGCAGUGGAGGAGGACGUGGUUCACCCAGCGUACCCAUCUCCAUUUGCGUGUGCGUGCUGCUCUGCUAUGUGAGCAGCGGUGCCAUCUUGUUCCAUAAGCUUCAAAAUUGGAGUGUCCUUGAGUCCUUGUACUUUUGCUUCACCUCACUGGGAACCAUUGGAUUCGGAGAACUUGCACCAAAUGGACCAUUGGCUUUGUACACCGCGUCCGCAUAUAUACUCGUGGGCAUGGCCGUGGUGGCCAUGUGCUUUAGUCUUAUACAAACGGAGAUUGUCCUGUGGCUGCGACGAUUUAGCGUUCAGGAUCAUGUGAUGCCCAAGGCUGAAGAGUUGGCCCUCGUUUCCGUUUCCGUUACACCGAAACCAUCCUGACAGCGACCCAGUGCCGAUCCUGCCCUUGGUGUGGGCGUUGGCGUCGGCCUAGGCGGCGGUGCCGGUGUGGGAUUAACUGGCGGCCUUCCUGCCCAGCAUCAGACCAUGUUCUUUGGUCCAGCCCAUACGCUAACCCAAUAUAGUUCAUUGCCGCGACGUAGUCACCUGCAGGCGGCCAAUGCCCAUGGCGGAUCGGCUUUCCAACGGAAUACGCCCAUUCGACGCUCGACGGGCAUACCGGAGCAUCAUCUGGAGUACUUUGUGCCGCGCAGCAUCAGUGAGUUUAAUCUCUCGGGUGUGGGAGAUCUAGCCCUGCCGCCACCGCGUCGAUAUUCCCCCAAUAUGGGUGGAGUUACCGCUGGCAAUGCCAUGAACAUGAACAUGGGCAUGGGCAUGGGCAUGAAUAUGGGCAUGGGCAUGGGCAUGGGUCUGCCCCAUGGCCUCCAGCUGGGUCCGCCCCAGACUCUGAUCUGCUCGGCAGCAGCGGCAGCAGCAGAACAGCAACAACAGCAGCAGCAGCAGCAGGUGGCACCACCACCGCCGGCACAGUUGCAAAUUGUGACCCUCAAACCACGCAGUGAGAAAAUGGUGACCUUUGAGGAUGAGUCCAAGUCUGCAGGUGGAGCGUGUCCACAUGGAGUGCCCACCACACCCAGAAAGUCGCCAGCAUCAGCUGCCUCGGUGUCGGCCAAUGGUUGUGAUAUAUUCAUGUGACCAGGACCAGGAGCAGCAGCAGGAUCAGGAUCAGUAGCUGCCAAUGAUGAUGCCGAGUUAAAUGCGGCAAUGCGACUGCGUGACAGCAUUGAUGAUGCACUGUGUCCUAAGACAGGACCGGCGCCGGGGGAAGUGAUACGCGUUUAAAGGAGUAAAAAGGGAAAGAGCACAGGAAAAAUCAAAGCAAAAAUCCAGGAAAAACUCCCUCAAGCAGAAGAAACACACACAACAAACACACUGUAAGUAAAUGCACACAAUUCACACUAACACACUUUUACUAACACAAAACACCAAAGAAAAAGAGAAAGGAAGGAUAACGAAGAGGUGGAGAAAAACUAUUGCCUACUUUCCAGGGCAAUC